AUGAACGAUUCACCCACCCCCAACGGACACGACAGUCUCGAAGAGAAGCUCGGCCGGCUGUCGAAGAAGCCCGGGGUCCGGGCCAGCAUCGUUCUCGACCGGGCGAGCGGCGCCAUUCUCAAGAUUAGCGGCGACGUAUCCGCUCUCCGAACAGCAAAGUCUCGCGACGCCGCCACCGCUGCCUCAUUUUCCAACGAAGCGCCCGCCGCCGAGGAGAGCGAGUCCCAGGGCGUGGAGGAUUUUGCGGCCAUGAUUUGGGCCUUUGUCAACUCCUCGGCGCUCUUGGUGCAGGAGGUCGACGGCGACGACGAAAUGCGGCUUCUGCGGUUGCGAACGAAGAAGCAGGAGAUUGUCAUUGUGCCUGACACGAAAUAUCUUUUGACCGUCGUUCACGACACGCCGUCAGCCUGA